AUGUCAUCACUAUCCAGUGAAGUUUCUUCUAAAGAUAACAGACCUCUUAUAAGGUCUUCAAACCUGGAGAACCCUAAUCUGCAUAGCUUGCAGAUUACAAGUGUGCUAUUGGAUGAGUAUAACUUUAGAAAGUGGUUUGUCUCAGCAAGACUGUUCAUUACCUCUCAUGAACUCAUAGGCUAUUUGGAUGGAGAUAAAAAGGAACUAGAAAUCAGCAGCCCUGAAUACACUGUGUGGCGCAAGGAAAAUGCCACAGUUAUGUCUUGGUUGCUGGCCUCCAUGACUCCUCGGGUGGCCAGAAUUGUUCAUCAUUUUCCUACAGCCACUAAAAUUUGGGAGAAAGUAUCUAAGACAUAUGGCCAAAAGAAAAAUAAUGCUAGAAUCUACAAACUGAACCAAGACAUUGCAGCCCUAAGGCAAGGAGACAUGGAUAAGGAGAGCCAUGACAAGCAGAUUGAGAAGGGCAGAGCCUUCAAGUUCCUAGCAGGCUUAGACCCUAUAUAUGAAGGUGUAAGGUCACAAAUUCUAGGGAAAGAUGAAUUACCUGAGCUUCAUCAUGUUUACUACCUGGUGAGGAAUGAAGAAGUAAGGAGAAAGGAGAUGCAGGUUGACUCCUAG